AUGAGUAAGCAAAGAUUCGAAGAUGUUAAAUUUGAACUCGAGUUGGAAAUGAUACCUGAAAAAGUUUUGGAAUGGUCUCGAAAUCAUGGAGAAAAUGAUAAAGAUAUUAAAAUUUACGAACUUCGAGAACUCAUUUACGAGAGAGGAGAUGUCGUACCUCACAGAACUGAUGACGCGUACCUACUCAAAUUUUUAAGAGCCAGAAGUUUUAACAUUGAAAGCACAUAUAAACUGUUAGUCAAUUAUUAUAAUUUUAAAGAAAACAAUCCGGAAUUACACGAGAAUGUGAAUCCUUUACAUCAAACAUUUGUCGGGGCUGAGGAUGUCAUACAAGUUUUACCAUACAGAGAUGAAAACGAAAGAAGAAUAAUAAUAAUUAAAUUGGGAAACUGGAACACGAGCAAGUAUACCGUCGAAGAAUUAUUAAGAAGCGUUUUACUCAUUUUGGAAUUGGGUAGUUUAGAACCCGCAUCUCAAAUAUUAGGAGUCGUUAUUUUAUUCGAUUUUAAAAACGUUACCAUUUCUCAUUUGUGGCACAUAACGCCGAGCGUUGCUAAAAAAAUUAUGGAACUCAUGGUGACAAGUUUCCCGCUCAAAAUGCACAUCGUCAAUAUAAUAUUCGAAUCAAAAGUAUUCGAUUUGAUUUAUAAACUUUUCCAACCGCUUUUAAGCUCGAAAAUGAAAAAAAAGAUAUUUUUCCACGGCAACGAUUUAGAUUCGUUACACAAUCACAUACAACCUAAAUACCUUCCCAAAAGAUACGGUGGAAUUAGACCAAAGUAUAAAUACGACAAAUGGAUCGAAUACGUUAAAAUCUCACCAAACGUAAUAGAGGAGUUGAGAAGUUUGGGAUACAUAAUAACAGAUGAAAUAUAUGAAAAAAAACUUGUCAAUUCAUCAGAUGAAAAAACAAGUUCAGAUGAAGAUUGA